UAAGCGGUGCUGGGUGGUAGCGUCAAGGGUCAGUCGCUGCUGGUGGCAGGUGAAGGAGGGAGGUGUGGCCACGCCCGCGGCUCCGUGUUCUACUGCCUCAAAAUUUAUCACAUGUGACUGUUGAGUCGUAGGAGCUGGGUUGUGUGUGGUGGCCAACUCCGUCGUGAAGACCAGCUCUGAGUGUUGGGAGUGCACGGGGUGUCGUGUCCGCUCCUCACGCCAACGUUCGUGUUUUGUAUGUGAUCUGAAUUGUUCAAACGAGACUGUUACGAGUGUGAGUGUUCGUGGGUGUCAUCUCUGGUUGUCUUACGAGACACGAGACGAGCCUCAGUGUUGGAUCACCAGACGUACGGCGUCAGGAUCAUGAGGGACACGUGUAGGAGAGGUAUUGGCAGCCACUGAAGGGUAGUCUAGAUUCUGUCAUUAUCAGCAUGGCUAAUUACAAGACCAAGAGACGCCCGUUGUCCUGUGAGGUGCACCUGAGUGUUAUUCAGGAGGAGGAGCUGGAGAGUCUCAGGAAGAGGCGCGAGUGGAUGGAAUCUGAGAAACACAAAGGCAGACGAAGCAAAAGUGAGAGUGAUGGGGAUAUAUGCGACAGAGGCGACGGCGACAGUAAUGAUGUCCUGGAAGACGAGGUCAUGGCGGGACCUCAACAACUCCCCAACAACGACGAUAUCAGCCCCAACGACGUCUUCAGCAUCGUCGACGACGGUGACGACGGCGCCCCGGGCGGUAGAAAUGACGACGAGACCGACAACCUUAGAUCAUUCUACACACACCUGGACGAGAGGUGGCUGACCAGUAGCCUCGGGGCCCUCUCCAUAGACCGCCACAACUCUCUCACUCUCUCCUACAGACAAUUACCUUUCGACGAGGAUUUGAGCCUGGCGCCGGGUGAAGGGCCCAGGAGCGUCCUCCGCAAGACUAACAGCUUGGAUUACAUCAAGCCCAAGGGAAACAGCUACAUUCGACGAGCCAUGCCCUUCCUCUCUCGCAUGACGUCAAACCUAAAGCGAGCUGUGUCGGAGAAGGACCUCUUAAAACUGACCGACUUCUCCGUCGCGACCUCGAUAUCACCCAGCCCGCGCUCUUCACCCACCCCUCAUUCACCCACCGCCCACUCACCCACCGCCCGCUCACCCACAGGUCGCCGUGAGUCAGCGGGCAGCCCGGGACCAGCUUCUCGCCACAACAGUAACUCACUCCGGCAAUGCGACUCUCUGGAGAACAUAUGUGACACCGCUGCCUCGGACCACCUCCCGGAGAAUGAUCCUG